AUGGGCCGCCGCGGCCCCCCGGCAGCAGCAGGAGCAGCAGCAGCAGCAGCAGCAGAAGACGGGGAGAAGCAGCAAAAUGAAAAGCUGAGGAGCGAAACAGCUGCUGCUGUUGCUGCAGCUCUUGCUGCCUGCAGACCAGCAGCAGCAGCAGCAGCAGACGCAAACGACAAUGAACAAACAAGAACUUCUUCGCCCUCCAGCGUCCCCUGCCUGUCGUUUCCUUCUGCGCAGAAGCAGCAGCAGCAAGAAGCCGAAGCCGAGGCAGCAAAAGCAGCAGCAGCAGCAGCAGCAGCAGCAGCAGCAAAGCCGGCAGCAGCAGCGGCAGCAGCAGCUCGCGGCGUUUCCCCCGGCCGCUUCCUGUGGGGCCUCCUGAAGCGGGGUGUCUUGGCAGCUUCCGUGGCGUUUGCUUUUUUUCUUUUUAUUUCUUUUCCAUUUUUUCCUUUUUUGGAUUUGCUGAUCGCAGUUGACCCUUCUCCGCUGCGCAACUUCUCCGUCGCUUGCUUCUACCCGAUUCCCGCAGCAGGCUCGGGGGCCUCGAGCGAGCUGACCUCCGCGCAAGCAGCAGCAGCAGCAGCAGCAGCAGCAGCAGCAGCAGCAGCAGCAGCAGCAGAAGCUUCCCCGUGCGCGCAGCUGCUGCACGUCUUGCGCAGCUGGGGCUCUCAGCCGCCCUUCGCCUCCUUCGUCUCGCUGGCCCAGUCCAGCGCCCUGUGCACUCUGGGGGCCCUUCGAAGGCUCGGGGGGGCCCCCCUGCUGCCCUCCGAAGCUGCUGCACGGAAAUCCGUGCAAAACUGGGGGCCCCUCUUGGCCACAGUGCUGCUGCUGCCGCGUUUGUCGCACUCGCCGGUGCAGCUGCCGUGCGAGUCUUGGGUGUACGUACACUCCGCGCGCAGCAGCCGCGAGCUGGUCAGCGACGCGAUCCGCACGGAAAGCGCCGACCAAAGCCCCGAUUACGCACAUAAAUCGACUCCAAAUCAAAAAAUAAAUCCAAUUAUUCCAAAGUUCGACGAAAAUGCGCCACUUUUUCCCCUCCAGACCUUCGACUUCGUCGUGGUCGGCGGCGGCAGCGCCGGCUCCACCCUCGCCGGGCUCCUCAGCAAGCUCGCGCUCGACGAAGCCGAAGACCAGCAAGAAUUCCCUUUUGAAAACAAAAGUCUUGGAAAAAUAAACAACUCCACUUCAAACUCAAACGCAGGAAACAGCCCCAGCAGCCACCUGCAGCACCAGCAGCAGCAGCAGCAGCAGCAGCAGCAGCAGCAGCAGCAGCAGCAGCAGCAGCAGCAGCAGCAGCAAGGCAGCAAUAAAACAGCCAAAAGACGCAAAAGAAAACCCAAUAUUCUCCUUAUAGAGGCGGGGGGGUGGCCAGACUUGCGUUCUUUUUCUCCAGUGAGAAUUCCCGCGAGAACAUUUGAAGGACAGACCAGCGAUAUGGACUGGAAGGUCAAAACCGAGAAGCAGCAGUUCGCUUGCCAGGGGCUGCGCGGGGGCCGCUCCAAGUGGCCCCGCGGCAAAGCUUUGGGGGGCAGCAGCUUGCUGAACUAUUUGCUGUUUGUGAGAGGAGCAGCAGCAGACUACAGCAGCUUUGCGCGCUGCAGCAGCAGCAGCAGCUGGCUGCCGCAAAACGUCAACAGCAUUUUCAAAAACCUCGAAACUGUCAACUUCCCCGCAGACAAAGACAUCAGAGGCAGCAGCGGGCCAAUUGAAGUCAACAUUCAGCAGGCCCUGGACUUGCCAGUUUUGGCUUUUUUGAGAAGCGCAGAAGGCCUUGACAGAAGCCUCCGGGGGUCCCCGCUGCAGCAGCAGCAGCAGCAGCAGCAGCAGCAGCAGCAGCAGCAGCGGGGGAGGCCGAGGCGGCGCGGGCCCCGCGCCAAGGCGCUGCGGACCUUUCCCGAGAGGCUGCGGCUGCGGCUGGAGGUGCAGCAGCAGCAGCAGCAGCAGCAGCAGCAGCAGCAGCAGCAGCAGGCAGCAGCAGAGGAGCAGCAGCAAUUCGAAAUAAACCAAGACUACAACGGCAGCAAAAUGACAGGCCCUUCUCUUUUUCAAUUUAAUACAAAAGAGGGAAAACGCUGGGGGCCUCUGGAGGCGUUUUUGCUGAAGCGGCGGCUGGACGAGGCGGGUUUUUGA